GAGGGCUCCGAAGGCUGCGGGGCCGCGGGAUCGGGAUCGGGAUCGGGCGCGGGAGCGUGCGGAGCAGCGGUUCGGGCUCCCCGCAGGGAUGCGCGGCGGCGGCGGCUCGAGCGGCAGCGGCGGCGGCGGCUGCGGCGGCGGGGCCUCGGAGCCCGAGCCGGGGUUCGAGGCGGUGGGGAGCGAGGCCCCCGCUGGCCGCUGGCUGCGCCUGGCUCCGGUGUGCGCCUACUGCGUGUGCGUGUCUCUGGCCGCGGCCCUGCUGGCCGCCUACUAUGGGCUCGUGUGGGCCCCCGCGGCGCCCACCCGCCUCGCCGCCAGCCCUGCGCCCCCGGGCGCCUGCAUCCGCCCCGCGGUCCCCGGGCCCUCCUGCAGCCCCGCGGCGCCCGCCGCGCUCGCCGCCCCCGCAGCAGCGGGCCAGGCGUCCGGGCCCCGCUCCCCCCCGCAGCUGCCGCCCGGGAUCCCGCGCCGGAGCCGCCGCCGCCGCCGCUGGAGCCGCCGCGGUCGCGCCACGAGCCCCGGGUAGAUAGACGAAGCGGCCACGCGCGCCCUGGGCCGGGCCGAACCGAACCCCAGCCCCGCCUGUCGCUGCCACCGCUGGAGUCCUGGGCCUCGGAACCGCCGGACGUGCGCCUGGACUUCUGCCCCCGAUGUCCCUCCCCGCCGGGCUUCGGACGAAGGAUCCUACGCGCGGCCGGUCGGGAACCUCCCUCCGUCCCUCCAGCGGAUCCCCCGGACACCCUUUCCCAGAUGUGCACCCCCACCCCCGGACACCCCCCUCCCAGAUGUGCGCAUCCCACCCCCUCCCAAAUAUUCGUCUCUCCCUCCCCCACCCCUGACACUCCCAGCCCAGAUGGAGGCUUUCGCAUCCAGCUGUGCUCCUUUCUCCCCUCGCCCCCCCAUGGAGGCUCUCCCUUCCAGAUGUGCCCUUCUUGCCCCCACCCCCCCCUCCAGAUGUGCAGGCCCCGGGCGAUGGGGGAUAGGGAAGGAGGUGGGGCGGCCGCCCCCAAGCCGCUUCCGGGCCUUCUGGGAUGCAGCGUCCCCGCACCUGGGGACUCUUCUCGGCUACCCAGCGGAGUCCCCAGGGCACCCGGAGCCUAGUCGCUGACCAGCCUCGACCUCCCUGAAAGGGAGGCCACCGGAGCCUCUCGGAAGAGUACCUCCCCGUGGUGACUUCCCUGCCUCGUCUAGCCAUCCCGUCUGGGGGUGUGUGUGUAUGUAUGUGUGUGUAUGUGUACGUGUACGUGUUUCCUAUUUGGAAAUAAACUCAUCCAUUCCCUGGCA